AUGCCUCAACCGGGAUAUCCGCCGAUAGCGGCUUUGAAGCCAUUGUACUUGAUCAUCACCUAUGCUGCUGCGCUUCCUGUUAUUUUUCUCGCCUUCACCACCACUGCAUGCACUGUGCUCUAUCUAGCCACCCAUGCAUUUCUCGGAGGUAUCCUCGAUCUAUUCUACUAUGCCGAAUCAGAGGUUGUUGCCAAAUUGUCCUCUCUUCUAUCCUCAGAAGAAUCUACUGCAGGUGAAGAACCCACAAAAUUCAUAACUCCGUUCCAGAGGCUCUCGCCGCCCCCGCACCCUUCAAGCGUCGGCAUCCCUCCACCACAUGGCCCGCUAGGAACAGCCAUUACCUUCUCAGACAGCCAGAAUCAGCCUCUCGCCCGAGUUCCGGGAUCCCCGUCCGAUUCUCAAACAUCACCAGACGAAGAUGAGUACUUUCCAAACUACCACAUUACCUUUGAUUCUCCCAGCCCCGCAGACAACGGAGACUGGGAAGAUGUGAACGAGGAUCGGGAGCCUCGCAACGGUGACCGCUCGGAAGUUUCUGGAAACAUGGGUCGCCGUCGCCAGCCUAAGCGCGUGUCGUCCACCUCUCGCACGGAACACUCCUUUGUGGGACAGUAUGAGGGAGAUGUCGAUGGCGUGCUACCCAUUGGACCCCGGCUGCAUUUUAAUACCCGGACCCAUCCAAGGAGGAGGAGUAAUAGCCCGGGGAGGCAAGCUGGAUCUUCAGAUUACAUGGAAUACUAA